AUAUGCUAAACACGAUUCUCAGUCAUACAGAAUAGAUAUAUCAUACACAAAUACAAUCUUCUUAGUAGAAUGGAGGCUCACCAUCCAAAACUCGACACGAAUAGUGGAACAUGUAGUGAAGGCCUGGAAAAAGAACAUCGAACUAGCAACCCUAAGAAAACCUUGGAGAACAGCAUUGAUUGCCGGGAGAAGUCGAUUGUGGAGAACAUAAAUGCUGAUCAAGACGCCAUUGCCAAAAUCCAAUAUCUUAGUUUGGAGGACGGCAUGCUGGACAAGUAUUUAGAUAACCAGGAGCAGGAUACAUCACUUCGCAAGUAUCUGGCCGUCGGUGUUCACUGGGUUUCCCUACUCACCGAAAACGUGUUGAGCCAUCCCUUUAUAGUAUUGCGUUGGCAGUGUCAGGUCUAUAAUGCGUCCAAAUGUUACCACCUACAUCCUUUUACUCUUUUGCCCAGCAUUGUCCACUUGCACAGACGUCAAGGACUAACGACACUGUGGAAGGGAAUGGGCAGUUGCCUCCUUGUGCGCGGAAUGUCCUGCGCCAUCGACGAUUCCGUAUCGAAACUCACCAGUUGGCCCAAGGAAGUGGAUAGUCGAACGACCCUGAAGCGAUUCGGACAGCAUGUUCUCCUCAAAUGCAUAAGCAUCGGGAUGGUUGUGCCAUUUCACGCAGUUUCCCUAGUGAAGACCGUGCAAAGCGACAUUGCCAGCGAAAAAACAGGGCUCUUGGAUGUCCUGAGGGAGGGAGCUCUGCGUCUCUUCUACUGGAGUGCCCCGCAAAAAGGGCGAAUGCUACCCGCUUGGGCAAUAAUCGGGCCCAGUGUUUCGAUUGGCAUCACAAAGUAUCUUUUUCACUUGUUAAUACACGGCGUUUCCACUCGCAUGAUGCGGAGGAGAAUAGCGUUUCCACAUGAAAAUCGCGGAAGAAUGAUAUGUGACAGCAAGCUGGAUAGCCAGAAUGCGGAAGUAUAUGCCGGACUAAUCGCAAUGCUAACCACCGAGGCCGUUUUCUUCCCAUAUGAAACCAUUCUGCAUCGUCUACAACUGCAGGGCACCCGAACAAUAAUCGAUAAUCUCGAUAAUGGCUAUUCUGUUGUCCCGAUUCUGACAAACUAUCGCGGAGUCUUCGAUUGCUAUCGAGAAACAAUUAGCUCAGAGGGUUUUGCUGGACUCUACAAGGGUUUUGGAGCCAUGAUCCUGCAAUUUGUGGCCCAUGUGGCAAUAAUCAAACUAGCCAAAUGGAUCGUCAAUCAAAUAGCCGACGGUGUUUCCAAUCGUCCAGCAUCCCGAACAGUACAGCCCUAUAAUUUCGAUGGCAUUUCCUGCAACAAGAGCUCUACGACACUGUCGCCAAGCAUCUCUAGCGUCGAAAUGGAAGUGAUCAGUCUAGGAAAAUAUUCCCUGGAUUAAGCCAGUCUAAAUGUUAAUAGUUAUGAACAUAAUUUAUAAUACUUUAUAUUUAAAAGAAAAAAUUGAAAACGAAAAAGGAGAA